UGCCGCAGCCGCGACGCCCGCCGCCGCCGCCGCCGCCGCGCAGCGCCCCGGCCACUCUCGCGGCGGGAAGGAGCCGCCCGCUCCUGAGACAUAAAAGAGAAUUCAUAAAACUGAAGAAUUUUCGAAGAGGGACAAAAAGAGAAGAAAAAUGCCGAAACCAAUCAAUGUAAGAGUAACAACGAUGGAUGCUGAGCUGGAAUUUGCCAUUCAGCCCAACACAACUGGCAAACAGCUUUUUGACCAGGUGGUGAAAACAGUUGGUUUGCGUGAAGUCUGGUUUUUUGGGCUGCAGUACAUGGACAGCAAGGGCUAUUCUACAUGGCUUAAACUAAAUAAAAAGGUGACACAGCAAGAUGUUAAAAAAGAGAAUCCUUUGCAAUUCAAAUUUAGAGCUAAAUUCUUUCCUGAAGAUGUUUCUGAGGAAUUAAUUCAAGAAAUAACCCAGAGACUUUUCUUCUUGCAAGUUAAGGAAGCUAUAUUAAAUGAUGAGAUAUAUUGUCCACCAGAAACUGCAGUUCUUUUGGCUUCUUAUGCUGUCCAAGCCAAGUAUGGAGAUUAUAAUAAAGAGAUUCAUAAACCAGGCUACCUGGCUAAUGAUAGACUCCUCCCCCAGCGUGUUUUGGAGCAACACAAACUGACAAAAGAACAGUGGGAAGAAAGAAUACAGAAUUGGCAUGAAGAACAUAGAGGAAUGCUAAGGGAGGAUUCUAUGAUGGAGUACUUGAAGAUUGCACAGGAUCUAGAAAUGUAUGGAGUCAACUAUUUUGAAAUAAAAAAUAAGAAAGGAACUGAAUUGUGGCUAGGUGUUGAUGCUUUGGGUCUGAAUAUUUAUGAACGUGAUGACAAGUUAACACCUAAAAUUGGUUUUCCCUGGAGUGAAAUCAGAAAUAUUUCAUUUAAUGACAAAAAAUUUGUUAUAAAGCCGAUUGACAAAAAGGCACCUGAUUUUGUUUUUUAUGCACCUCGUUUGAGAAUCAAUAAGCGGAUUUUGGCCUUAUGCAUGGGAAACCAUGAGCUCUACAUGCGAAGAAGGAAGCCUGACACUAUUGAAGUACAGCAGAUGAAGGCCCAGGCUAGAGAAGAGAAACAUCAGAAGCAGUUGGAAAGGGCUCAAUUAGAGAAUGAAAAGAAGAAAAGAGAAAUAGCAGAAAAGGAAAAGGAAAGAAUAGAACGUGAAAAGGAAGAGCUAAUGGAACGUCUGAGACAAAUUGAAGAACAGACAAUGAAAGCCCAGAAAGAAUUGGAAGAACAGACUCGAAAAGCUCUAGAAUUGGACCAGGAACGAAAACGAGCAAAAGAAGAAGCAGAAAGGCUUGAAAAGGAGCGUCGAGCUGCUGAAGAGGCCAAGUCUGCUCUAGCGAAACAGGCUGCCGACCAGAUGAAGAAUCAGGAGCAGCUGGCAGCAGAACUUGCCGAAUUCACUGCCAAGAUUGCACUUCUCGAGGAAGCCAAGAAGAAAAAGGAAGAGGAAGCUACUGAGUGGCAACACAAAGCUUUUGCAGCCCAGGAAGACUUGGAAAAGACCAAAGAAGAGUUAAAGACUGUGAUGUCUGCCCCGCCUCCGCCUCCACCACCACCAGUCAUUCCUCCAACUGAAAAUGAACAUGACGAGCAUGAUGAGAAUAACGCCGAGGCUAGCGCUGAAUUAUCAAAUGAUGGGGUAAUGAACCAUAGAAGUGAGGAGGAACGUGUGACAGAAACACAGAAAAAUGAACGUGUUAAAAAGCAACUUCAGGCAUUAAGUUCAGAAUUAGCCCAAGCCAGAGAUGAAACCAAGAAAACACAAAAUGAUGUUCUUCAUGCUGAGAAUGUUAAAGCAGGCCGUGAUAAGUACAAGACUCUGCGACAGAUUCGGCAAGGCAAUACAAAGCAACGUAUUGAUGAGUUUGAAGCAAUGUGAGAGCUGUUAUUUUGCAUACAUGUUCUUCAUAAGCUGAACCACCAACAGAGAAAAGCAGGCCUUUGCGGAUGUGAUGGAAUGCAUCCCACCUUGCCAAAGCACUUACACCAGUUUGACUGUGGUGGCUAAAAGACAUUUAAGGGGAGCUUUUCAACAUUAAGGCAGUGUGAUACCAUGCUUGAUUUUCUUUUUCUUUUGGGCCAGGGAAUGAAGAACAGUGCUCCAUCACCUCCUUUUUCACAUUUUUCAUUUUCCUUUUUUUUUUUCUGUUGAAGAUUAACACUUAUUAUCAUGUCUGACAAAUGUGUGUGUAUGAUUUAAGCACUUUGUUCAUUUUACAGGAUGAUGGUGACUUAAUGAGUGUUUAGGUAGAGCACUCUUUCCUUCUCCUUCCGUAUUUUAGCUGCAUGUAUUUCCACAUUCUCUCUCAUUCACGUUUUCUCAGUGUGUACUUUUCAUACCUUAAUAUGCCCUCUAACCAUAGCACUGCAUGUUUUAAUCAUUGGCAGUGAUUAAAAUAAGCAUAGGUGAAAAGUCUUUGAUUAUUGUGUAGAAGAUGGCUAUGAAUCAUGAAAAGGAUUAGAGAGUUUAAUAGUGUAGUGUACAGCUUGUGGUUAAUUUUUUAAAUCUCAAUUUAAAAUAUUAUUGGAUUUUUUAAAAUUACAAUCCUCUUUGACAGAGCUGGAUUGAUUGGUGUUUCAUCUCCUGUCAUCCUUUGGUUUUCUUUGCCCACUGAUUGCACAAAGGUAUAGACAGCAGGUAGUAAGUGGUUCCCUAGGAAAGUUUAUUGAUGAAACACUACUGCAAAUAACAGUUGUCUCUGAAAGAUUUCAUAGAUUGAUUUAGAAAAACAGAUAUUUAAUAAAAGAAAUUAUGCAUUUGUUGGUAAUUGAUUGUCAUCAUUAAAAAAAAAACCCUGGACCUUUCUGGAAGGGCAGUGUAUGAAAACAUCAGUCCCAAGGAGGGGACAGUAAUACUACCUCACUACUAUACCUGCAGUGACUGGUCAUUCAAACAUAGUGAAAUGUGUAAGCUAUAUGUUUUAUAAUACAUAGAGAUACUUUCCAUCAUAAAGGAAUAUUUUUGAGAUUUCUUUUCCUUCAGAAUAUCUUAAGAGUGCUAAAUUUUAACUGCCUUUUUGUUGAACUGAAGUGUGGGACUCUGAUUUGUAUUAAAAUUGUAAGCUCUCACUGGUAUACUAUCUUCUGGAAAGGUGUUGUGUAUCUGAGGAAGUGUGUACAUGUGUGUGUGAAUGUGUGAGAGAGAGGUUGCUCUUGUAGCAUACGACGAAUGUCUGUACCUUCAUUCUUGAUGUAAUUAUUACAUAAUCAUUUUAGCAUAUUUGGUUUCUAAAUCAUUGUGCUUAUUUUUUUCAGUCUCUAAAGAUACUUAAAUUUGGUUAGUUAAUUGUAUUUUAGAAAUUAUAAUUUUAGGUUAUAUUAAUUUCAUUUAUGUUUUACGAAGAAAUCUUUCCAGUUUAAAAGAUGUUGAAUAUUCACAUGUUCUAACAUUUUCUUUACUGUAAAACACCUAGAUUUGGAGAUAAGGAAAGCCUUGUUUUCUCUGUGUGGUUCAGCUACUUUCCAUCUGGUAUUAUGCGUUCAAAUUUACAUUUAGCUAUUAAAAUUGCCAUUUUGUUAGACAUUUUUCAUGCACAAUAGAUUUAAGUUGUGUCUGAAAGUAUCUCUUGUGCUUUUUUGAUUUUGCUGACUUUAAAAGGAUUAAUCUGGGCAGACAUUAUGAAGAGGAAAGGUUGCAUUUAAUAUAUUUUUUGGAUUGAGUAGGACAAAAGAUAACUGGUUAACCUUGAAAUGACUGUUGUACAGUGGUUGUGCACAUCCUUCAAAACACUGUGGAAGAGGAUGCUUCUUGCAGCACAUGAGAGGAAUAGAUGGUGAGCCCUGCUAUUCAUGGUUUAAAGCAUGUGUUCACUUCAAAGCAUUAAACAGUUGCCAUAAUAGGUGAAAAUUUGGAUUUCUAUUGGAUUUUUAUUAAUUUGCUUCAUUUUGAAUUGUGUGCACUACCAUUCCUACUUCAGUUUGAUAUCAGUGUUGAAAAAUUACCAGUUAUAUUUGCUGUUUAUAAUCUAUUUGUAGAUUAGGAUUAAAAUGGAUUUAAUCCAUUUUUAAAGCUGUGUGAAUUUUUCUAAACAGGAACAACUAUUUGCAAUAUGGGUUUUCAUUAAACCAAUUAUAACUUUUAUUAUUAGCAGCUGAGAAGCACAUGUUCAUAUAGCAAUGUAAAAAUAUAUUAAUGAGUAUUUGGUAAAUUCCAACAGGCUUUUCCCAUGAGCAUAAUUUUGUGUUGUACAAUUAAGUUACAUUACAUCUAUAAUUUUGGAUAACAUUCAUUGAUUAACAAUAAAGUGACAAAAGCUCAUGCCUUCACAGUUCACUGUUGUUAUUUAACAUGGAUUUCUUAUAUAUAUUUCCUGAAAAUUAUAAUCUCUAAUAGAUCUGUAAAUUAUUAUAUUUUUAAAAUGAGAAGUGAAUAGGAAAAAGUUUAAAAUCCUCAUACAUUUACUCUUUCCCCAAAAUUAUAUAUCUCUUUUGGUAUGGAAGUAAUAGUGAUUGUUAAUUUUCUGGAGAAAUUAAAUUGUUAAAAAUCAGCCCUCUUCCUGAUAGAAUAUCAUAUAAGAUUUCUAGUCAUUGCUCUUAUUGUAUAGUGAGUGUUUAGUUUUCCUAAGGAAGAAAUAAUUUCAUUGUCAUUGAUUAAUCUCACUGUUAAAAUGUUAAUUUUUUUAAAGAGCUAUAUACUAAGUGCUUCUUAAAAAUCAUAAAGAUUAUUCCUAAAGAAACAAGUGAUAAAUCUAUUCUAAGAAAAAUAAAAGCCAGGUGUCUUCUCAGUUUGUAAUAAUAUUUGUCACUUUAUUAUUUCUACUCUCAAAAACAGGUAGUGAUCUCUUUAUUCUGAUCCUGUUAGAAAAGAAAAGGGAAUUUUGUGUUACAGGAUUUUGCUUUUUAACUGAGAGUUUUUCUCUUAGAACUAGAAUUAGCACUUAGGAAGUUAUCGUAGACUGAUUAGAACUCACUCCUGGUUAUCAUUAGAAAAGAGUUCCAAUGUUAUGAUUAAAAAUACCAUUACUUUCUGUCUCAGCUCUUGUAACCUGUUGAUUGGUGAUAUUUUAGAAUUGAAGAUAAAAAGAUUUUUUAGGUCCCAAAGCAUCCCAUUUUAUGUAUGCAUGCAUAAUGAAAGUAAUUAGUCUUUUUGAAAUCUAAAACUUGAAAGUAUAGGGAUUAUUGCCUUUAGCAUUAAUUUACUGAUUAGUAAACCAGAGCUCAGAUAUCUGUCUGUCAUAACGGGAAACAUUAAAUAUGGAGCUACACUGCUAGUUCUCUCUUGUUUGUUUGUUCUAAAUAAAUAGAACUUUAGCUGUUCUUAUUCUGUACUUUAUUCUUUUUUUUUUUAACUAGAAGAUAAUCUGUUAAAUAUUCCAGUGUGUUUAACAUGUAGAAUGACAGAUACUCCACUACAUUUUAAAAGCACUGUGGAUCCAGCAGAUAGCAUAACUUCAUAAACCAUCAAGGCAAUAUGACUCCUCACGUAAUUACACUGUUAGCAAGGAAAAAUUGGCCUACCAUAUAUUAAAGCCUGUCACCUUCUCAUCCCUGGCUUUUCCAAUUAAUUUUAACUCCCCUUGUUUCCUAGUGGACCUAUUUGUUAAUGUCUCCAUCUUAAAGAGAUUUUAAAAGCUGCCAUUUUCCCUCUGGAAAGAUGAUGACUUCUUGCUUUGCUGCCUCAAUAUUUCAACCUCCCUUAAACUGUGAUAACAAAAGUUUUCUGAUUUGAGGUUACAUAUGCUGCUUUAGGGGAUUCCCUGAUAGCUCAGUUGGUAAGGAAUCUGCCUGCAAUUCAGGAGACCCCAGUUCGAUCCCUGGGUCAGGAAGAUCUGCUGGAGAAGGGAUAGGCUACCCACUUUAGUAUUCUUGGGCUUGCCUUGUGGCUCAGCUGGUAAAGAAUCCGCUGGCAAUGCGGGAGACCUGCGUUCGAUACCUGGGUUGGGAAGAUCCCCUGGAGAAGGGAAUAGCUACCCACUCCAGUAUUCUGAUCUGGAGAAUUCCAUGGACUAUAUAGUUCAUGGGGUUGCAAAGAGUCAGACAGAACUGAGUGACUUUCACUUUCAUGCUGCCUUAGGAGUUGAAAUAUUCUUUAUUUUUUCUUACACAAUUUCAGGGUUAAAGAUUAUGACUAGGAUAAUUACCCUAUGGCAUGUCUUUCAAUUCAAGCUUAUGUUUGGCUAUGGAGCUCCCUAGCUACUAAACAGUUCCAGGUUCUUAAAUGCCCUUCAUCUAGCGAUGAACUGAGGCAACUUCGCACACACACACAUUUAGCCAAUACACUUUUAUUCAGUAUGUUGUUAUAUUCUAGGAUAUAGAAGUAUGAUUAGAAUGACUGUGACACAUUGUUUUGGACUAUCUUGAAGUGUGAAACCUCAAAUAUUUAUCUUAUCUCUUGGAUCAUUUGCAAUAAUCUGUUAUAAUACUAAUUUCUUUUAAGAUGGCAACACCAUUUUAUUGAUUCAUGGUAUUUGUAUGCCCAGAUUCCUCCAUGCUUAUAUCUAGUCAGUUGCUUCCAUUCUUGUAGUUUAUUACUGUUUUAAUUGUUCAGUUUUAUUUAAUGAACAUUUUUAAAAUUUAGGUUUGCUUUGAUAAUCAUGCAUGUCAUUGAGUUUGCUUCUAAAAGUAGUUGACUGGUGGUGUUUAUCUUUAAUUAAGUCUAUGUAGCCAAAUGUCCAUUUUCUUAGUGGUAACAUGGGAUCAGAAUUUCUGAGAUUUAUGUAAUAAUCCUUGGGGAAAUUCCUUUUGAUAAAAUAUGGAUUUAUUAUAUCAAA